AUGGUCGAAGAUCUGGACUGGGACCUUGGUCUCUUGCCCAAAGAGAAACGGAAACGUGAAAAGGAGUUGCGUGCUGAAGGCAAUUGGCCUCCCAUGAAGCCGAAAGAGCCCGAACCUGAAGCGGCACCCGUGGAAGAGGAGGAUCUGUUGGGCUCGUGGGGUUUCAGUGGCGAUACCAAGAAGAAGUCAGCAAAAGAAGCAGAGAAAUCAAAGGUCACCGAAGACGACAUCUGGGGCUCGUUCGCCAAGCCUAGCUCGAAGGGCAAGAAAGCAAAAGACGAGCCGCCACCACCAGCGCCGACUCCGCCAGCUCAAGGCCUCACUCCAGAACCACCGAUCGAGGAAGAAGAUGAUACCUGGGGAGCAUUCAGCUCUGCCAAGACCAAGAAAAAGGAUCUCCUUGCCGAGACCACCUCGAAAGAGAGCAGCAAGUCCAAGGAGGAAGAUGCACCAGCAAAAUCCACCAAGAGUAGCAUGUGGGGCUUUGGCGCGACUGCAACAGCCACCACAUCGAAGCUGCUCACGAAAAAGGAGAAAGAGGCGAAGGCGAAGCAGGAAGAGGAAGAGCGCCUGGGCCGCGAAGCCGAAGAGGCAGCAGAGGCCGCCAGACUCGAAGAGGAGAAGAAUGCAAAGAAAUCGAAAUCCAGCAAGCUCAGCAAGACAACAAGCAAGUCCAGCGAUACGAAGAAGGUGGAAGACGACCCUCUUAUCGACAUUCUUGGUGAACCAACAACAAAAUCUACCAAGGCAUCCAAGCUUACCAAAUCUCCGCCAAAGGAAGAAAAGGUUGAGGACAAGAAAGGAGACGACUACUUCGGCUUCUGGGGUAGCGCCUCAACGACCAAGAAGACGACACCUGGCAAGAACAAAAAGGAGAUUGGAGGCAAGGAUUCGUCCAAUCAAGAUGCGCUAGCGGAUACAACCAAUGAUCUCGACUUCGGCUUCGGCGACGACAACAGACUUGCCUCUUCAUCCAAAACAUCAAAGACUAUGAAAGACGACAAGCUCAAAGCAACAUCUUCCGUGAAAGAUCGCAUCAAGCAGCUCGAAAGCAGCAAGAAGGAAGAACCUGGAAAGAAGUCGAAGACGGACCCGCUUACUAAAGUAGUGGAGGAGGAAGCGCUAUCGCCCAAAGAGGAAAAGAAGGAAAAGGCAUCAGCCACAUCGAAAGUCAAAGCGAAGGACGUCAAGACCUCAUCAUCAACGAAGAAGAGCUCUGCAUCAUCAGCAUCACCAGUCGAAGAGAAGAAAUCGAAAGAAUCUGUACCAGGAAGCUUCCCAGGCGCGUUCGGAGACGAAGAUAUGAUGGACUUUGGAGUUUCAGCAUCACCAGAGAAGGCGAAGAAGAGCGCGAAGGAAAUCAAAACAACCAAGUCCAAGACCAAGAAGGUCGAAGCCGAACCGCUUUUCGAAGCCCCCGAACCACCGAAGCUGCCCACGCCACCGCCCGAGGACAAGAAAUCUGCGAAGAAGGAGCGGCCACGCGUUGAACGGUCCGCUACCUCUUCCUGGGGAUUCUGGGGCGCCACACCUCCGCCGGCUGCCAAGAAGUCGAGUAAGGAAAAGUCUAAAGACGACUCCGAGGUGUCGCCGCCUCCGUCCAAGGCUAAGAAGGACAAGUCGCCGCCGCCGCUCAAGCGAUCUAUGUCGACGAAGACCGCCAAGGAGAAGGAGCGCGAGGAGCAAAAGGACGUCGACAAACAGUCCAAGUCUUCCGGAUCCGAGAAAGAUGCCUCGACCAAGAAGUCUGAAAGACCGAAGGCUUCUCGUGGGUUCUCCAACUUCAUGUUCGGCGGUCCUCCUCCAUCUGCUAUGAAGACUCGACCAUCGACGACAAGACGAUCGAGUGUGGAUGAAGGCUCGCGGUCAUCAUCUCGCCGCCGCUCUGACGCUGGCUUGAUGUCACCGCCUCCAGACUCGGACGUUGACAUGACCGACAAGGCUGCUAAGCUGAUGGGCGUCAAGUCCGGUAAGGUCAGCCGCACGUCGUCGGUCAAGAAGUCGAAAGGUGAUACUAUCCUUGCAGCUGAUCCUCCACUCGCUAACCCUAUUCCAGUGCCUGAUCCAUACCCAAUCGACGAUGAUGACAUGGUCAUGAUCAACACUCCCGAAGCGACGCCAGCCAAGUCCAAGGAGAAGGCCAAGACGAAGGCGUCGUCCAAGAAAGAUGAGGUAGGCGCCUCUUCCCUUGAACGUCCCUCGUGGUCUCCCGACUUUCACAAAGAAGUAACCGCUGACGGGAAGGUCGCCUUCAAACAGAAAUCAAAGUCAAAAAAGUCACCCGAUGACGACGUGGUAAUGGUCGACCUUCCGAACGGAGACCCGCUUGUGACCUCAGGUCCCGACGACAUGGCUUUUGUGGAUCAUCCUUCGCCACUCAAGCGGACUAACAGCACUGCGAAGAAAGGCUUCUUCGGAAGCUUUUUCGGAGGUGGCAGCAAGCAAGACGAAGUCCGUCCUCGAGCUAGUACACUCACAGACGACGAUGCAGGCUUGCCGAUCCGGACGAAAUCGUCCUCGAAACGCAAGUCACGAGUCGUAGAUGAGCAAGGCGGGGAUGCUCGCGACAAAGCCGAAGAGGAUGAGCGUGCUGCACGUGAAGAACGUCGCAAGGAGCGGAGAGAACGCGAGAAAGCGGACCUCGAAGCUCGGCGGUCAAAAGCGCGCGAUAGUGAGAGGAAGGAGCGUGAGAGAGACGACGCGAGACGCGAAGAGAAGCGGAGCCGACGUGCAACCAAAGAUUCCGCUCGUCAAGCUGACGAUGAGAUGGGCAUGACCGACGCUGAGAAGCGGAAGGAAGAGCGGCGCAAGCUCAGGGAGAAGCUUGCGAAUGAGGCAGGCGUCGAUCCCGAGGCAACUAAAGACGAGCGCAAAGAAGCCUUCGAGGCAGAAGAGGAGGCUCGACGGAAGCGAAAAGAGGAGAAGCGCGCCAGUAAGCACUCGAGCAGCAAGCCACAUCGAGAUUCGCGGCGAUCUUCUGUUCUGGUCGAAGAGUAUCACCAGUCUCGAUCGAAGAGCAAGAAGACCGGACACCUCGAACACACGCCUGACAAUGGCAAGACGGGCAGUUGGGUCGACUCGCUGCACGAAGACCCGCCUGAGAUGCCGCCGGUCGCGGAGACGGUCCUCGAUCCAGCCAACGAAACGCCCCGUGCGCCGGACGGGCACAAGAAGGACAAGUACGCUGGCAUGACUGACGAUGAAGCACGGAGAGAACGUCGGCGUGCGAGGAAGGCACGCGAACUCGAGAAAGAGAAGAACAGUCUCAGUGGCGGUAGCGACGAGCGUAGAAGAAGCCGCAAAGCAUACAUGAGCGGGGCGAAUGCCGAGGACGAGAACUAUCCGGUCAUGGGGUUUGAUGGACGGCCGGAGAUGAAGAGGACGGAGAGUAAGAGGCGGAGCUUUUUGGGUGGGCUGUUCUGA